UGAUAGUAAUGAUACAGAACUGUUUGGAUUGCAAGAAUCUUUUUGGAAGAAUGUUAUGAAAAAAAUGGAAUCACAAGAUACUUUAGAAGUGGGAAAAAUAGAUGAUGAAUAUGCAAAGCUAAUACCCAUUCUAGAUAAAAUGGAAAAUUCUUCAUCGAAGAUGCUAUUAGCUUUUGAUGAAGCAGGCAUAUUGAUUGACCACAAUAAUUCUGAUGGAAAGGAUAAUUUUUAUCACAUGAGAAAAGCACUACAGAAUAUUCCACAUGAAUCUGCAAAGGCCAUCAUUUUCUGGCUCUUUUUACAGAUACACUUUCAAGAGUUUCAAAUUUCUCACCUGCCAAGUACAAUGAUCCAUCAUACAGA